AUGGCUGACCGCGACCGCCCACAACCGCACCACAUACAAAUCCGCCCACAAAGCCAGUAUGCUCGGCCUCAAAAGGGCCCAUCAGCAUCCAAGGUCCUAGCUGUCAUCACCCUCCUCCCGGUAGGUGGAACCCUACUAGGCCUCUCCGGCGUUACCCUCGUGGGUACCCUGAUUUUCCUCGCCGUCACCACCCCACUGUUUGUCAUCUUCAGCCCAGUUCUUGUCCCUGCAACCAUCACCCUCGGUCUUGUGGUCAUCGCCUUCCUCACGUCGGGAGCUCUUGGGCUGACCGGACUGUCAUCACUCACUUGGGUGUUGAAGUACUUCAGACAGGCCGGUGGCUCCAUGCCGGAACAGUUGAACCACGCUAAGAGGCGAAUGCAGGAUGUGACGGGUCCAGGUCCAAUGGACCAGACGAUCCAGAACAAGGGCCAGGAAGUUGGAAAAGAAGCUAGGAGGACUUGA